AUGUAUCUUGGCUCUAUUAGUGUUCCAUUCGCAACUACCACAACCACUAUUCCACCUGCGAUCACCACAACUACUCGCACUACCACAACCACUCCUCCUGUCACGACUACCACAACCACUAUUCCAGUCGCAACUACCACAACCACUCCUCCUGUCACGACUACCACAACCACUAUUCCAGUCGCAACUACCACAACCACUCCUCCUGUCACGACUACCACAACCACUCCUCCAGUCGCAACUACCACAACCACUAUUCCACCUGCGAUCACCACAACUACUCGCACUACCACAACCACUAUUCCUGUCACGACUACCACAACCACCACAACUGUUCGCACUACCACAACCACUCCUCCAGCCGUAAUCACCACGACUACCCCUCCAACUGCAACCACUACAACGCUUGCCAUUAGGUCUAUAUACAUGUCACCCACCGCUACCAGAACUACCGCACCCUUGAGCACUUCAACUCCAGCAACCUGCGACUCCGAAAGAGUAUAUUUCUAUAACACCGGAUCGCCUACUUUGAUUCAGUGUUGGCAGAUUGCUUGUGCUGACGGCCAGACUCCCGAUUCCACAGCUGCUACGCUCAACCAGUGUCAUCUUCUUGAAAACGAUGCCAGAAGAAACAAUGGCGGAAAUCUCCCUGCAGGCUGGUAG